AUGGAAGAAACCUUUCAGACCGCCACAGACUUUUCCCUGAUCACCCACGCGGAUCCAAGAUGUGUGGUGUCCUGUUGCAUAUCUACUGGCUUAAUCCGCGGCAUUUUGAGAGGGGAAAUUUUGGAUGAAAAAGACCUGGACAUUCUCUUAGAGAGCGCGUAUAAAUGGGUCGAUGCAUGGAUUCGAGAUGUUCGACUCGCUAAGGAUGGAGAACCUGAACAGAACGAAGGCGAAACAUCAGAACCUGACGUUCGGGAGUUCCUUGAUAAGGAAGAGUUCGACAAGCACGCAUAUGCAAAGACAUUUGCGGAUCUACAACUCGAUGAUUCAUCCAAGAUUGGAUACGUGUAUAAAUGUUUGGGAUCGGCCAUAUUAAGUCUUCGAAUGGGCAUGCAGCAAUCGCCUUAUAGCAAUAACCCUGGAGUCGGAUCCCCUGCUGCGCUACCUAACUCGGCCAUUUUCGAAAAUAUAAUCACGGAGCUCACCUAUGAAGCUGGCGAUGCAGACACCAAUGCAUGUGCCGCAGGCGCCCUCCUCGGCAGUUGGUUAGGGUAUAACUCUCUUCCAUCACACUGGAGGGAUGGUAUGGACAAUCGCAACUGGCUGAUGGAGAAAUGUAACGCUCUUAUCCAGCUUAUAGGAGCGGGGAGCAAUGUGCCUACGUCCAAGUAUGAUGGGAAAUCGGAUCCUGACACCCUUCCAGAUGGCGGUAAGGGGUUGAUGGAUGAAAAAGAGCUGGGCAAAAGAGAUAGUGACAUGAUGUUCAAGUACAUGACGCGUCAUGCGGAAGGGGUGGCAGAGGAGAAAGCCCGUCUGAAGGAGGAAGAGCGACAGAAAAAAGGAUGGAGAAGUUUCUUGGGAUGA